UCUCGGCCGUCAGCCACAUGGUGCCUUCACCUGUCAGUGGGAGCUCGUUGAAGCGCUCUUCAUUUCAAGCUGGCUUUGAUAUUGUAGCCUUGGCAAAAAGAGUCCUUCGAUGGCCACACCAGUCCAACACCAGCGUUGGAGCAGCAGAGUCAGCAGAGUUUUUGGAACUAAAAAAAAACCCAAAGAUCUUCCUCGUGGUGGGCGAAUGUGGAGAUGGCAAGUCCACAUUGAUCAAUGCCCUGCGGGAUCCGCUGCGCAGUGGCGAGCCCAAGGCGGGUCUCUGUUCGCGUGGCGUCACCAAGAACAUUGAGGCCUUCGUUGGCUUGCCAAUUGAGGGCGUGCAGGUCGACUAUCUGGACACCCCAGGGGUUGGAGACAUGGAUGUGACACCAAUGAAGGUCUUGACUUUGAUCGAGCAAGAGCUCAUGAGUGAUCAGAUCAACGGAACAGAUGCCAUUGACGGAGUCAUUGUGACCACACCAGUCCCUGAUGGUCGUGUGAAACUGGGGGCACAAGUGGUGCAGCUGUUGGUAGAACACGGCUUUUUGGGCGAGGACAAGUGGGAGAACAUCAUCCUGGUGGGUACGAAACGUGACCGUGCCACUCCAGAAGAGCUCGAACUCUUUGGCACAGAUCGCGUCGAUGAGGACGGGCAGCCGGUUGGUAUCGCUGCGCAGUUCUUUGCCAUGGCCCCGAAUAGAAGAGGCACAUUCGUGACCACUGCAAAAGACGAUUAUGAAGAGCUUCGAAAGGCAAUCGCAAAUCUGCCCGAGAUUAAAGUCCGCUAUUCGACUCCAGACACGUCCAUGAUGGCAGCAGUGCUCAGUGAAAAACUUGGUGUCAGCAAGGAGAUCUUUCAGAAGGAGCUGGAAGAGUCACGAAGAGAGCUGGAGCGACGUCUGGACGCAGCGCAUGAGGAGAAGGAAAGGUUGAAAGCGCUGUAUGAGGAAAGGACGCAGAUGCUGCGUGGCCAAUUGGAGCAGCUGCAAUUGCAAUGCCAAGAUACGGGUCGAAGAGAACAGCAACAGAAGCUGCAGGAGCGGCUGGAGAUACUUGAGUCGCAAAGCCGCGUGAUGCCGAGCGAGAGGGAUAAAUUGCAGAAGGAGAAAGAGCUUUUGCAAGCAGAAAUAGAAAAGCAUAGACAAGAACGGGAGAACGAGCAGCGCAUGAACAGGUUGCAAAUGCAACAGCUUGAAGAGAAACAGGCUGAAGUCCAGGCCUUAAUGGACCAAGCUGCCUCCCGGGCACGAAAUUACAACUUUCCGAGUGGCGUGACUUCGCUGGACGCCUUCCAGCAACAUCUCCAGCAAAGCUGCCUUCAUCCUCGCAAGCGGCGUUGGGCCAACGGCCACGGCAGAGGUGUGAAAUGUGUCGACUGCAAGAAGGAUUUGUGAAGUGGGGCAGACUGGGGCAGACUGGGGCAGCCGUGUCAGAUCAUGGCAGGGGUUGAACUUGGGGUGCAUUUUGUGCGACUAGUUUGACGCGCAGAAUGUGGGGGAAAA